GUGAUUGCGUUAUAAAAACUUAUUGAAUUUCAUUGUGACGUCAUUUUCAUCAAGUUCGUAUUCAAAUAAGGAGCCUUGGUGUUCUUGUCUCCGCCCGUUAUCAAUUUUAUUGUGUCAUGACGUUAUCAAUGAAAGGCAAAGAUAACAAGGUCGACAGCAAACGUCAAAGCUACGAUGCAAUCCGGUCAAAUUAGGAAGAUCUUUCGUCUUCUACAUUUUAAUUUUAUUGUUUCGAUAUUUUUCUCAAUUUUCUGUAUUUAACAAUUCUGUUAUUAUUCUGCGACACUUUCAAAAUGUAUGAAUGCGAUUUUAGACAGAGAGUAUGUAACACUUUAAAUUCAAUGAUUUACUUAUGUUAUAUCAAGGUGACAUUUUCUUUCGGUCGGGUUAUAAAGCGCUUUAUUCGCCGCGGCAGUCAGCGCCAUUUUGUUCUCGUCCGCUGAAUGAUGCAAGACACCAGUUUGUUUGCAUUUUUUACAAGUUAUUUUGUAUCAAAGAUUAUUUAUAAUCACUGAAAUUUGAAGAAGACAUCCUGCAAAUGAGUGCUGAACCUGUUGAAUAUCUGGACACUGAAGAAGUGUACAUGCAAUUAAACCAAAGUGAGAUAAUGGAGACAGAUGCUGGGGAUGAUGCAGAUGACCACUGGGAACAUACCAGCAUCAAAAUGCUCCUCAAUUUAUAUCUACAGAAUGUUGACAAGUUUCGAAGUCCAAAAGUUAAGAAAAAAAAUGUUUGGAUAGACAUAGCUAACGCUGUUGGUAAAGGCCCAGAUUGCUGUGAUAAGAAAUUCCGAAAUUUAAAGCAAACAUACAUAAGAUUACUAAAAAAGAGAAAUAGAAAUGAAGUUGUUGUAGUCAAAUGGCCAUAUUUUGAAGUUUUUGAGCAGAUUUAUAAUGUGAAUGGAGAAUAUCAGCCAGAGAUUCAGCAGAGGAUACAGGAUGGCACCACAGAGACUGUAACCAAAGCAUUAUUGUCUAUACCUUCAAAGUUUGAGCCAGACUUACCAGAAAAUGGGGAACCUUCAAAUGGGCAAAGUGAAGAGUCUAGAAGAAAGUUGACUAGGAGAAGAUAUACGGAUUUUAGGAAGAUUACAUUAGAAAUGAGAAAUAGACAGCGAACAGUAGAGGAGAAGUUAGAUAGAUUAAUUAAUAUUGUACAAGAGUCCAAUAGUAUACAGCGAGAAAGGAACAGAUUAUUUCAGCAAUUCCUAGAUAGCUUACAACCAAACAGCUGAAUGAUUUUAAAAGAAAAACUAACCAUAGAUUUAAUUUUAUUGCCAGAUAUUCUGGUCAACAUCAAAUAAAUGAUUUUAAAAAUAUGAAUGAGAUGAAUUUAUUUAAUAUUUUUGUAAUUAUAAAAUUGUGUAAAUAAAUUUUGUAAUGAAACUA